GUACGAGCCCCACCAAGCCUCCCAACGGCCGCCGAUCACACAAACACACCGCAGAGCGGCACCGGGCGACCACCCCCCGCCAUGGCCACCACCUCCCUCGCCUGCUCCUCCCAGCACCACCACCCCCUCCUAUUCCGCUCCCGUCCGAACCCUAACCCCACCUUUAGAACCCCGAAUCGAGGCCGCCUCCCGCCCCUCCGGUGCUCGUCCGCCUCAUCCUCUUCUCAGUCGGCCAGCGGCGGCGAGGAGGACGAAUCAGCGCGGCGGCGGCUAUCGAAGCAGUCCUCGUGGGAGGCGACGGACGCGGAGGGGGACGACUACCUCUACCGCCUCGGGAAGGAGGCUGACAACAUGAAUAUCGCCGUCGGCGCCCGUGCAGGCAUCGUCGACGACCUCUUCGUCGGGAAUUUCCUCGGCAAAGACUCGGAUAUCGUAUUCGAUUACCGGCAGAAGGCAACAAGAACAUUUCAGUACCUGCAAGGGGAUUACUACAUCGCGCCCCUCUUCCUUGAUAAAGUUGCAUGCCACAUUGUAAAGAACUACAUUGCACACCUUCUUGAUAUCAAGAUUCCCCUUAUACUUGGGAUCUGGGGCGGAAAAGGCCAAGGAAAAACAUUCCAAACUGAACUUAUUUUUAGAGCAAUGGAUGUUGAGCCGGUUAUUAUGUCUGCUGGAGAACUAGAAUCCGAAAGAGCAGGAGAACCAGGGAGGCUAAUACGUGACCGAUACAGAACUGCCUCCCAAGUAAUUCAAAACCAAGGGAAACUGAGUUGUUUGAUGAUCAACGACCUAGAUGCUGGUGUUGGAAGAUUUGGAAACACGCAGAUGACGGUCAAUAAUCAAAUAGUUGCUGGAACUUUGAUGAAUUUGGCAGAUAAUCCUACCAGGGUGAGCAUCGGCCAGAAAUGGAGAGAAUCUGAUAUUACGCACAGAGUGCCAAUAAUAGUAACUGGAAAUGAUUUUUCAACUCUAUAUGCCCCUUUGAUUCGUGAUGGGAGAAUGGAAAAAUUCUACUGGCAGCCUGACCGUGAAGAUAUAGUUAAUAUUGUUCACGGCAUGUAUACAAAGGAUGGGUUAUCUGUUGAGGAAGUAUCAAGAAUUGUAGACACAUUUCCAAACCAAGCUCUGGACUUUUAUGGAGCUUUGAGAUCCAGGACAUAUGAUCAGGCUAUCUUGAAGUGGGUCGAUGAAAUUGGUGGACAUGAACAGCUAAGUGAAAAGCUUCUUAAGCAAAAGAAAGGAGAGAAGCUUCCAACAUUUAUACCCCCCAAGCAAACACUAGAAGCAUUGAUCGAGUCAGGGCACUCGUUGGUGAGGGAGCAAGAGUUAAUAAUGAACUCAAAAUUGUCAAAAGAAUACAUGAAGAACUUAGAUGAUUAGUUCAAAAUACAAAAGUGUAACUUCUUUUCAAUUUGGAGCAAUGCGUACACCAUCCAUUUUGCUUCAGUUGCAUGUGCAAGUAUAUAACUGUACAAAAAGCACAUGAAAGAUAUAUCUGGGGAUUUUUUUUUUCUUGUAUGUUAAUUGCAGAUGUAGCUACAUAAUAAAUAUAUCCGAACGUUAGAAAAAAG